AUGACGGGACUACCGGUACCUCGCAGCUAUGCAACUGCUGCUAUGGACUACAUGGGAGGGCGCUAUCUCGGGAUGGGCCCGGAGAAAUGCAGCUACACAAGCCAGUCCGUCGAGAUUCCGAUGCGGGAUGAUAUCAAACUUGCUGCCGAAUUCUACAAUCCAUCACUACCCAGUGGACAUGCACCCGCCGGUUUGAUUAUGAUACAGUGUUGCUAUGGACGAGGCGGGGGAAUCACUUUUUUCAAUGCCCGUUCCUUCGCUGCACGUGGAUACCAGGCUCUCUUCGUUAGUACACGUGGUACCUUUGGCUCCGGGGGAACCUUUGAUCCCCAUGUACACGAAGAGAACGAUAGUCAGGAUAUUGUGAAAUGGAUGCGGCUUCAGACCUGGUAUCCAGGCACAUUUGCUACGUUGGGUGCAUCGUAUCUCGGCUAUAGCCAGUGGGCACUCUUCCGCAACCCUCCUGAGGAUUGUGUUGCUGCAAUUAUCCCUGUUGGCCCUCAUGACCAAGCGUGGCAUGUAUGGGGCACUGGGUCAUUCCGACUCGAUCGCGCGUCCUGGAGUGACACCAUGUCGCGUCCAGAAGAAGAACGUGGAAGCUUUCUCUCUCGACUGACGAAUCUACCUGGUUUCAGCUUCCUACGAUCUUCGGAGCUAGAUGACGCAGUAGAAGGCUUACCCUUAGAAGCAAGUUUACGUAGAUAUUUCAAGGACAGAGCUCCUUGGAUUUUUGACUACUUGGCGAACCCGAAUGUCGACGAACCAUACUGGGAAAAGAAACGACAUGAAGUCUCCCUGGAACAAGUCGACAUCCCUAUUUUGUUGAUUGGCGGCUGGUAUGAUACAUUCACGACACAGACGAUUCAUCAGUACAAGCAUUUAUUUAACAGAGGUGUGGAUGUCAACCUUGUUAUCGGUCCCUGGACACAUGUCCAUGGCUCUGGCCUCCACUCAAUGCCAGAGAUCAUGGGAUUUCUCGCCCAGAAUCUAGCCAAGAGUGGGGAAUACAGCAGGAGUCCGGCUCGAAUCUUUGUCACCGGAACUGAGAAAUGGUAUUCACUACCCACAUGGCCUCCAGAAACAUCCCCCAAGUUUCUUUACCUACAAGAGGACAAUGGCAUUGGGGCAGAACAGCCUGCAGAAGAAGCCAUCCCAGCUUCUUUUAGUUUCGAUCCUCUACAUCCCACCCCUAGUAUUGGUGGCAAUCAAAUGACCAGUGGAGGAAGAGUCGACGACAGUGAAUAUGGCAGCAGGACCGAUGUUUUAACCUUUACCAGCGAACCUCUUAUAGAGAGUCUUGAAAUCAUGGGAGCUCCUUCUGUGCAUCUGGCGCAUUACAGUGACCCGCCCUUUGCAGAUUUGUUUAUCCGGCUUAGCGAGGUUGAUUGUCAUGGCACUUCUCACAAUAUCACUGAGAUGUACCAAGCUCUUGACCCAGAUCGCGACAGUUCCAAGAUCCUGCAGCUCAAUCUUCAAGACUGCGCUCAUCAAUUCCGACCAGGAACAUGCAUUCGACUUGUUAUUGCUGGUGGCUCAUUCCCCAUGUAUGCCCGAAGCUUGGGAACUGAGGAAAGUCGCGUGCGUAGUGAUGAGGCGGUUCCACAGAAGCAUACCAUUCUAAUUGCGAACGGGGUUUCCCAGGUUAUUUUCCCUAUAGCUACCGAUCCUUUGUCCACUAUUUAA